AUGGCCGGACCAGCGGCUGCAUGGUGGGGAGCCGGGCCAUCGGGCACGGCAUCACGGAGCUGGAUGACGGCAGUGGCAGCAGUGGCAAGGCCAAACAUACGGCGACGGCCAAUGCUCUCUGGGGGAACGAGCACGAAGUCGGGGAUGGUGGCUAGGACCGGCUGUGGCGCGGUGUAUCGCUGGCAGGCCUUUGGGACGGUGUCGAUGCCGCCACGACAGCCGUGGUCCCGACGGCCGUGUCCGGACUGUGGAGCGGUGACGCGGGGUCACGGCUACCGAUCGUACAGCUCUCUGCCACCACGGCUGCCGGGCGAUGGCAGCACGGAGAAGCAGAAACAGCAGCAGCAGCAGCAGUAUCCGCCGUUGCCGUUUCCGCUGCCAUCGUUUGCCAUGCCGUCGCCAGCCGAGCCUGUUGAGAGCAAGGCCGCAGAAACAGAAGCAAAAGCAGAGGCAGUGCAGACAGAAGUCGUCGACGAGAGCAGCCGGGACAAGGAGGCCUCACCACGAGCCGAGAGCAGCCUGCCACGCAACGACGACACCCUCGUCACGGAUGCUGAGCUGCCAUCGGUGGCCGAGUCGGGACGAACCCGGCUGGGGGCACAGUUUAGCCGGGUGAUGGACGAGCUGCAGGGCCGCGUGCUGGUGGCGUCGCAAACGCUCAACGACCUGACCGGCUACUCGGCCAUUGAGCAGAUCAAGGCACGCAAUGCCGAGCUCGAGUCGGAGCUGGCGGCUGCGCAGACAGAUCUGCACGUGGCCCGUCGCGAAUACCAGGCCGUCAACGAGCGGCGAGCCGGGACGCAGCGCGAGGUCACGACACUGCUCGCGCGCAAGGACACCUGGGCACCCGCCGACCUCGAGCGCUUCACUGGCCUCUACCGCCACGAUCACGAACUCGAGGCUGCUGCUGGCCGCGCUGUCGAGCGCCUCCAGGAAGCCGAGGCUACCGAGUCUCGCCUCAGUGCUGCCGUCACGGCUGGCAUCCUCAAGCGCUACCACGAGGAACAGGUCUGGAGCGAUCGCAUCCGCCGCCAGAGCACCUGGGGUACCUGGGGCCUCAUGAUGGUCAACGUCCUCCUCUUCAUCGUCCUCCAGUUCUUCGCCGAGCCCUGGCGCCGCAGCCGCCUCAUGCGCAGCAUCGCUGAGGCCGAGUCUAGCGUCCUCGACGACGUCCGCCACCAGCUCGCCGACGUCCAGAACUCCCUCGCCGGUGUCCUUCAUGACAUCCGCCAACGCUCUGACACCAUCCCCGAUGCUCCCUCUUCGGCCUCCGUGUCGCUGCCCGUCGAUGCUGCAGCACCCGUCCUCACAGAGGCACUCGCUUCUACCGUCCCUCUAGAAAAAGCACGUGAUGUGUCACGUGACGAUAUUCCCGCCACCUACAGCCUCGCUCACCUUCGCCUCAUCUUCCAGCGCUUUCAGCUCCCCCAGCUCCCCCAGCUCUCCCUGCCCGUCUGGCUUAGCUCGUGGGACCACGCCAAGCUGAUUGCCGCCCAGGCCGUCGACGUGGCUCGCUGGGAGGCCUGGGUCGCCGACCUGUGCAGCGAACGGACCGUCUACUUGCGCCAGCGAGACGUCUCGCUCAUCGCCGCCCAGAGCGCCGCUGCAGGCGCCAGCUUCGUCGGCUUCAUUGCCCUGCUAGUCUGGCGCUUGUCCUAG